UGCCUGACAGCGCCCACGUGCAGUGCUUUGUAACCAGCAUGCAUCAAUACCUGUAGCCCCCAUGCCUGCCGCCUGAGUCCCUUUGUACAUACAGAAUCAUAUAGCAUACACCAUAGCAUCGACAAGAACCCCGCCCCAGCUACCGCCCACCAUGGCGACACUCAAGUUCGCACCCUGGCAGAGCGACGUCGAUGUGCAGUUCUAUGCAGCGCUUGCGCACAUCAAGAUCAAUCAUGACAAGCUCGACGACUCCGCGCGUAAGGUGCUCGGCCUGUAUGAAACUCGUCCUGGCGACCACGCUUCGCGCUCUAUGCGCAUACAGAUACACCCAAAUGCGCUGACAUCAGACGACACCCCGCCGAACUACUGCCGCGCCGAGGGCAUCAUCAAGAACUGCAACACCAUCGAGGACUACAAGAACCUCGACCGCACCGCCAUACUCGACAGAUGCGCCCAGACAAUAUGGGAUGCCAUCCACGACGGCUCGAUAUACGAAUGCCCUUCCCUCCUCUCCGCCUUCACGGCCAUCAUCUUCGCGAACCUCAAGAAGUACAAGUUCACCUACCACUUCGGCUUUCCUGCGAUACAGUCGGAUCCGCAGUGGAAGCAAGUCGGUGAGACGAGCAAGCUGAGUGCAGGUGAGACAACGCACCUGGUAGACGCAGUGCAGACGUUCAAAUACAGCAACGAUGUACGGCAAAGAGGCUUCUUCAUUGCGAAGCGACUUCGUGGUGGUGGCGAGGUCGAUGACACCCCUAAGACACCAGUCACACCGGUGGAAGAGAUAGGUUACAAGUGGGUUGUUGGGAAGCUAGGAGCAUACGAGAAGGGCUUCUUCGACGAUGUAGACGUUCAGGAUCGCUUCAUAUGCUUCUCAGAUCCAUCGACUUACACAGAUAACCCCGGGUGGCCGCUGAGGAACCUGCUCAUUCUUAUUCGACAUCGCUGGCGGUUGAACGACGCGCAGAUAUUGUGCUAUCGCGACACUCACCUGCGAAGAGACCAACCGAACUCCUUGGUAUUGCAGAUCCAGUCCGACCCAAGCGCUGGGGUAUCAUCAACAGCCACCGAAGGGCCUAGUGCGCGUCCCCACGCACCAAAACUACCCAAGGUCACUGGCUGGGAGCGCACCGAAACCGGAAAGCUGACAUCACGCAACGUCGAUCUGUCCGAGUAUAUGGACGAGCGAAAGCUGGCAGAUCAAGCCGUCGACCUCAACCUGAAGCUCAUCAAAUGGCGCAUAGCGCCCAACAUCGACCUAGACGUAAUCAAAAACUGCAAAUGCCUACUCCUCGGCGCCGGAACCCUAGGAUCCUACGUCUCGCGCACGCUGAUGGGCUGGGGCGUACGCAAGAUAACCUUCAUCGACAACGCAAACGUCAGCUUCUCCAACCCCGUUCGCCAACCGCUGUUCAACUUCAAAGACUGCUUGCAAGGCGGCGCGAAGAAAGCCGAACGUGCCGCCGAAGCACUCGAGGAGAUAUAUCCAGGUAUAGAUGCGAAGGGGCAUGUGAUGGAAGUACCUAUGCUCGGGCACCCCAUCACCGACCAAGCAAAGACAAAAGAGCACUUCGACAAACUCCAGAAACUCAUCGACGAACACGACGCCAUCUUCCUGCUCAUGGACACGCGGGAGUCCCGCUGGCUGCCGACAGUCAUGGGCAAAUCGGCUGGCAAAAUCGUGCUCAACGCUGCGCUAGGCUUCGAUACUUUCGUCGUGAUGCGGCAUGGCCUGAAGCCCACGAAAGACGGUGAGGUAGAACUAGGCUGCUACUUUUGCAACGACGUCGUUGCGCCCGCUGACUCUCUAAGCAACGCAACCCUCGACCAACAAUGCACCGUAACCCGUCCAGGCAUCGCCCCCCUCGCUUCAUCCCUCCUCGUCGAACUCCUCGUAUCCAUCCUCCAACACCCCUCUCUCUCCCAUGCUCCACCUCCUUCCACCAGUCCCCCCGCUCAAACAACACCCCCUGCCCCGUCUCAUCCUUCCUUACCAUCUCCAUUCACCCACCCCCUGGGCACAAUCCCCCACACAAUCCGAGGCUACCUCUCCACAUUCAGCAACAUUCAAGUUACCGGCCGCCCGUACGACUGCUGCUCGGCGUGUUCGGACACGGUGCUGAAGGCGUAUGAGGCAGAUCCGUGGGGUUUUGUGCAGAGAGCGCUGAACGAGAAGGGCUGGGUGGAGGAGAUGAGUGGGCUGAAGGAAGUCCAGCGUAGGGCGGAUGAGGCGGCAGAUGAUUUGGAGUGGGAUAGUGAUGAGGGAGGGGGGAUGGAGGAGGAAGGGGAGUUGUUGUAGUUGUAGUUGUUGUUGAUGGGACGGUCGUUUUGAG